ACUCUGUUUUCCUUGCUAUGUAGGGCUCAGGGAUCAUGAAGCAAAGCCCAGACCCAGCCAAAGUAGAACAUCAAGCAGGAAAUAGACUUCUCCCAGUAAUUUGGAGUUCUAUAAGGCUAUACAUUGUAGGUGUAAGAGUGAUCUAGAAAUUCUUUCCUUGGUGUCCCAGUGGAUAACAAAGAAGAUGAUCUUUCUAGAUUAUUUCUGCUAAUGGAAAAAAUAAAAUCUCUGCUGAAAAUGUAUUACCACAAACCAGCCCUCUUAUUGGUUUACAGCCUGAAUUCAUACUAACCCUCAAGCUAAGAAUUUAAAAGGAUCAUGGAUUGUGACUACUCCCAGAAGCCUGACAGAAGCAUCACAAAUCAUCAUCAUCAAAUGAUUCCAAUUGGUAAAGUUCUAAUGAAAAUGAUUAACUUGUAAUAAAAAUGUGUAAACAUCUAGGGAAAACAGGGUACAAUAUAGAAGAAUCUGAAGAAUCAGACCUGAGAAUAGUUCACUUCUUGGAAUUAUCAGAUGUAAAAUAUAAAAUGUGUUCAGUGAAAGCUUAAAAAUGAGGAAAAGAACAGAUACUAUGUAAAAAAUCGGAAGUUCUAGAAAUGAAAAUAAUACAGUAAUUAAAAUUUAAGGGAUAGAUAAAAGCAAAUAGACCCCACUGAAGAAAAAUUAAUAUAAUGAAAGAUGAAUCUGAAGGAAUCCAGAAUGCAACAUGGGGAGACAAUAAAUGGAAAAUAAAAAGAGGUUAAUAAAAGGGAAAUUUUUAGAGAAAACACAGAAUACCUUCAAAGGACUGUGGUUUCAAUAAUAAUAAUGGUAGUAGAAGACUAUGAAAUGAUGAUAGUGAAAAUAAAUCUAACAACUAUGACUCAUGGUAGUUCAAGCUAGAGUUCUAUAGCUAGCAAAAAUAUAUUUUAAGAACAAAGGUUUAAAUAAACACCUGCUCAGAGAAAUGAAUCUGGAAGUUUACCAGCAGACGGCUUUUUAAAUAGAAGGAAAGUGGUCACAGAAAUUUGAAAUUCAAGAAGGAAUGAUAAAAAGAUUGAACUAUAAGAGUAAAUGGGUCCGGUAAUUGGAAUGACUCCAGAAAAGAGAGCUGAAACUCCAGGAGUUGAAAAGGUUGCAGGAUUAAGUCAGAUUUACAAAAUGGGAAGCUUGCCUGAAGCUGUUGAUGCUGCCAGGCCAAAGGCCACUGUAGUUGACAAUGAAUCAGCAGAUGAUGAACUCACAAACUUGAACUGGCUUCAUGAAAGUACUAAUCUUCUAACAAACUUCAGCUUUGGAAGUGAGGGUCUUCCAAUUGUUAGUCCCUUGUAUGACAUAGAGGGAGAUGAUGUGCCACCAUUAGGACCAUCUUGCUACCAGAACCCGGAAAAAAAAUCAGCAACUUCGAAACCCCCAUACUCUUUUAGUCUUCUCAUAUAUAUGGCUAUAGAACACUCUCCAAAUAAAUGUUUGCCUGUCAAAGAAAUUUAUAGCUGGAUUCUGGACCGCUUUCCAUAUUUUGCUACUGCACCAACAGGCUGGAAGAAUUCUGUUCGACAUAAUCUGUCCCUGAAUAAAUGUUUUCAGAAAGUGGAAAGAAGCCAUGGCAAGGUUAAUGGAAAAGGUUCCUUAUGGUGUGUUGAUCCAGAGUAUAAACCCAACCUUAUGCAAGCACUGAAGAAGCAACCUUUUCCCUCAGCAUUAACAUCUCCGCAAAGUGGCUCUUUAUCAUCUCACUACUUAAGCUCUGUCCUCAAGCAGAGCCAGGUGCGAACCCUCAAAGAAUCUGAUAUUGAUGCUGCCACUGCAAUGAUGCUUUUAAAUACUUCCAUAGAGCAAGGAAUUUUAGAAUGUGAGAAGCCUCUUUCUCUUAAAACAGCAAUGCAAAAAAAAAGGAGUUAUGGCAAUGCAUUUAAUCAUACCAGUGCUAUGCGAUUACAAGAAAGUAAUUCUUUAGCCACCAGCAUUGAUCCAAAAGAAGAUCACAAUUACAGCGCAAAUAGCAUUGCAACACAGCGUUGUGCAUCCAGAUCUAGCGUGUCUUCUCUGUCUUCUGUGGAUGAGGUAUAUGAAUUUAUCCCAAAGAGUAGUCAUGUGGGAAGUGAUGGCAGUGAAGGAUUUCACAGUGAAGAAGAUACAGACGUUGAUUACGAAGAUGAUCCUCUUGGAGACAGUGGCUAUGCAUCACAGGCUUGUGCAGAUGCCUCUGCAAAGGGGCAGCCAGGCAAAAAAAUGCGAAAACAGUCAUGUCAAGAAAUUGAUGAGGAGCUCAAAGAGGCAGCUGGGUCUCUGCUCCACCUUGCUGGAAUUCGUACAUGUCUGGGUUCCCUAAUAAGUACUGCAAAGGCACAAAAUCAAAAGCAGCGGAAAAAAUAGAAAUACCUAUUAGUGUGAAAUUAUUUUAAAGUGUGGCAAUACUCUUCUACUUAGUUCUUUACAAGGGAAUCAAAGCCAUAUGGACUUUUUGUUUUAGAGUGGGGAAAGGAUGCCAAUUACUUAUUUCAAAACAUUUUUGUUUGUGUUUUAAGUUUUAUUAAAUAAUUGCUGUUAGGAUCAUGUCCAACCAUAAAUAUGAUGUGAAGUCCUAAAAGCAUAAUUUUUGUGAUGUGUCUUCAAGAUUUUGAAAUUUUUAUAUAAGAAAACCCACAGCUUCUGUCUUAAACUUGUAGGAGAAGUCUUUUAUUCUAUUAAUAUGUCAAAGUGUAUUAAUUGGCAACUCCUUUUCCUUAAUCUGUAAUUAACUGCUGAUCCAGUUAAAAAUUUUGCUGAUUUCUUUCUCAUACUCCUCUCUGACAUAUGCAAUCCAGUAGGAUAAGAUUUGAAUUUUUUCUUUUGUCUUAAUUUUUUUGUUGUCAAAGCAUAACACAGUUGAAUAUAAAUUGGAAAAGACCUUAGAUGUCCAGAAAAUUCUUUUUGGUUACACAGACAGUACAGCAAAGAUUUAUAAGAUUUAAAAAGGCAAUUUUGUGGUGUAAUGUCAUCUAAGAGCACUCCAAUUCCUAUUACAAUAUUAUCUUUGAAAAUUUUUUAUUUGCCAGAUACUCCAUAGAAUUUACUGGAGCCUUCUGUUCUUUCCCAGAGUGCUUUGCAACCAAUGUUUAAAUAUUAGCCACUAGCUGUCAUUUGUUCAGUGAAAAUUAUCCAAUGAGAGGAUAUAGCCAUAGAUUGUUAUGAAGUUAACACCCAUUUUAACACACUUUUGCAAUAAGGGAAUCUUUUCAUUUGCCAGUUAAAUGUACUGCAUUCUGAGAAACUUGCAGUAGGAAUGGAGUAUAAUCUAAUACAAAUAUUUUGAAUAAUACUACUUAUGUCAUAAAUAAAGGAAGGAAUGUCAUCAUUUAGGAAAAAAAAACUUCUGUCCAAGCUUUUUAUGAAUUAAAUUUGUAUAUACCCAAUUAAAUUACAAUGGAUUUAACAAGACUAUAGAGACAAAGUACCUUCAUGGAUCUCAAAAAGUAUAUAAAAUUAAAUCUUAAAAAUACACCCUUUUGAGGAGGCGGUGUAAUAUCUAUUAUGUGCCAUUAAUCCAUGCUAAAAUAUCUUAUAUUACAUUUCCAAAUGUGCAUUGACUAAGGCAUUUUAAGUACUUGAAAAAAAUCUGUAUGAAACAUUUUUUCAUAUUAUUUUCAUAUUAUUUAGAAGGUAUAAGGGAUACUAAUAAAACUAAACUUAUUCAUUAUAUAUUUUUUAUAAUGGCAGAAGAAACUUUCCAACAUCCUAUUUCAUAGGCAGUGACCUUGUUUUCAUUUUCUGAUGAUUUCAUUUAUACAGGGUCUGGCAGAAGUAAUGCCUGUUGGAGUGUGGUUGUUGGUAGGGUAAUAAUAUGGCUAUAAUAACUUACAGUUUUAAUUGGAACAUUUCACCUAAAAUGUCAUAUGGUGUGCUUGAGUGUAUUAUUAUGUUACAGAAUUACAUGCUUACAAUUUUGUAAUAAAAAGGGAAUGUUAUUUGUGAUGGACCCUGUACAUAAAUACAUAUACACAGAUAAAUAGGUUUAUGAUUCUGACUUGUUACUUUCAGCUAUUUUUAUGACUAUAAAGCAUUUUUUUGUUUUUUUUGAGACAAAUAUUUUAACUUCUAAGUUUUACUAGAGCAAAACUGUCAAAUGAGAAGCAUAAUGAAAAUGUCUUUUUUAAUUGGCAAGACUUUUAAGUCAGGGAGAACAACAAUAAUAUAAUCUGUUCUGCUUCUAUGUUAAUUGUAAUUGAACCUGGUUAGCUACAUUAACAGAAUCAGUGCUGUUGAAAUUUGGUAAUUUUUAAGUCUGCUAUUGAAAAAUAGUCCGUAAGCAUGCAGGAUGAGGUAUUCGGUCUUCAUAUAUGUCAUGGUCUACAGAAAGUGGCUAACCGAAGUUGGCAUCUUUUAGAUAGUGAAUAUAACACCAAAAAUUGCUUUCCCACAGUAUAAAAUAGUACACAGAGUAUAAAAUCAUUUUAGUAACAAUAUUUUAAAACUAUUUACCAUGGCCUUGCGAACAGACCUUAGUAACAGUGUUUCAAUGAUCUGGGUCCAGUUUAUUUUGUUCGACUGAAAUUCUGCACCAAAAAUGUUCUCUCUAGUUCCUUUCUAUUAGAUAAUUAUUCUUUGUAAGCGAUGUAAAAUGAUCUAAAACAAGAAUGGGGGGACAGUUGUUCCAAGUUUCAAUAGUAAUCUUCAAAUUAUUUUGUUUUAAUAAUUCUUUAAGCUGGAUUUUCUUUUCUCUUCAUGUACUCUUCCCACAAAUUUAAAAGUUGAAGUUUAUCACUAGCAAGGGCAAUAAACACUUUUGCACUAAAAGCUAACAGGAAGAAGUUACACGAUAUUUUACACUUAAUUCUUAUAUAGAAUUUAGUGCCUAACUUUCCAUUUGCUGAUUUACCAACACAGUUAUUUUCAGGGGGAAGAGCCUUUUUAAUUAUGGUCCCCCGUUAUUACUUCCGUAGACAUUAUGAUCUCAUUUCUCAGGUGUAUUGAGAUAAAAAUAUGGCUAAUAACCACUCAGUUAAGGAAAGUCAUUUGAAGUCCUAUGGACUGGAAAUUUUAUUUCCAAUAAUAUAUCAUCAACAAAUUUUACUGUAAUAAAACAACAAUCCUGGAGAACUUACAUAUUUUCCAACAGAUUUUAAAACUGUGAUUUGAGCUAACUUAUAAUUUGCCUUACAUCAAUAUAAUUUGUUACAACCAAUUUCAGUUUAUAAAUAGAAGAUCCCUAGGAAGAGUUUUGCCUCACACAAUCUUUAUCUUUCACAUCCCAAAUAGAAUCAGUGUUUCUUGACUACUAUAUAUUUUUGAAAUUUAUUUGUGCAAUAUAUUACUAAAUUAAUAUUUUAUUUUCAAAUUCAGAUAAAGAAAACAUUACUUGUAUUCAUGGAAAAGCUAAUUAUUGGUGGAUCACCUCCUUUUUUCCACCUUCAAGCCUUUCCUGUUCUCCUUAUAGCCAGCAUGACUUUUCUUAACUUAGGUUUCUGUGUAGAUAGUAAAGUUAGAAUAUAUAUAUAUUUUUUUUUCUUUGCUACUUUCUGAGACAUUAGGUAAAGGUUUCAUACUAGAUGGCCAGUUACACAUGCAUUAGCACGAAUUCAAAGCUAGAGAAAAUGUUAAAGAGGGAAUGUGUAUGUCUUGGUAGACCAGGAAGCCUUUCCCAGCAGUUUAGGCAACAUAGGUGAAUACUUCACAAAUCUGUAAAGACGAUUGUCUUAAAUACUACAGUAACUUAACAACUUCUUUUGUGAAGACCAUAGCGUUUAAAUAAGAAAUGUUGAGGCUUUCUGGUUUACCUAUAUUUUAUACUUUUUGUUUGAAAUGUGUAAGCUUUGAUUAAACAAAAUUUACUUCAGUUUGUUAAUGAUGUAGUCAAAAUAUUUAUUGAAAAACAGAGUAUUUUAAUGUUAUACCUGCCAUUUUUUCUUAAAGCACAUUUUUUUUGCAUCUAACUGCCAGUGCCAUUGUCAACACUUGUUUUUAAAGUGUUGUACAGUUAUUAAACUAAGUGCUUAAUUUUAAAGUAUUAUGUGGCCAUCAUAUAGUGUAUAAAAAUGUAUAACUGCCAAUUCAUUGUAACUAUUAUUUAUUUUAAUGAAAGUGUAAGAAUGCUAUUUGAUUCAAUAAAUUUGAAUUAUACUGUUUCCUUAUCCUCUUUUCUAAUGCAGCAUAAAAAUUGCCCUGAGUUUGAGUUUUUUAACUACCAGUAGAUGAACAGUUCAAGUGAAUCACUUCUCAGUUGCCAGUCUUUGCUGAUAUUAAAAACAACUUAACAAAAGUUUAGUUUUUGUAUGUAUUCUCUGAUUAUUAAAAUGUUUAUAAAGUUUAUUUUUACCAAAGAGAUGCAAUUCAUUAUGAUAAGGUAUUACAGAAUAAACCUUGUUUUAUAACA